GUUAAAAAAACUUGUAUAACGCUCAAUAGAUUUCGCUGUUCCGCUGUAAAUUCCUUCCAACAACAAUAUCAAAGGAACUACCGGCUUUAUAAAAAGUUUAUUGGGAAUUGCAGACAUGCAAUUUAUUUGAAGGGUUUGGAAUAGGAGCUGCUGACAGAUGUAUAAUUUUGUUCCGAUUUUCAUUAAAUUUUGUAAAAGCGGGUAAUAAAUUCGAAGCUGUUUUAAUUUGCUAAAAUUAUUUAAUAAGGAAUUUUUUAUAAUUCGAAAUGAGUCACCAUUACGUUGUGACGGCUCAAAAACCCACGGCGGUAAUUGCUUGUGUUACUGGGAAUUUUACAUCUCCCACUGACCUGAAUUUAAUAGUGGCAAAAACUUCUCAAAUUGAUAUAUUCCUAGUAACACCUGAAGGCUUGCGACCUUUAAAGGAGAUAAAUAUAUAUGGACAAAUUGCGGUUAUGAAGCAUUUUCGACCACAGGACUCCCAAAAAGAUUUAUUAUUUAUAUUAACGCAUCGGUAUAAUGCCAUGAUUCUCGAAUGUAAAAUGAAAGGAGACGAUAUAACUGUUAUUACUAAGGCUCAUGGAAAUGUUUAUGAUCAAGUCGGGAAAUCAUCUGAAAAUGGUAUAAUUGCAGUAAUAGACCCUAAAGCGCGUGUUAUAGGAAUGUGUAUGUAUAUUGGCGUUUUUACUAUAAUUCCUCUUGACAAAGAUUCAGGCGAGCUGAAAGCUACGAGCUUAAGGAUGGACGAGCAAUUAGUUUAUGAUGUUGAGUUUCUGUAUGGUUGCGUCAACCCAACAAUAAUUGUAAUUCAUAAAGAUAAUGAUGGACGUCACGUAAAAACCCAUGAAAUAAAUUUGCGUGACAAAGAAUUUAUGAAAAUAGCGUGGAAACAAGAAAAUGUCGAAACUGAAGCUUGCAUGCUCAUUCCCGUGCCAACUCCGUUAGGCGGUGCUAUUGUAAUUGGAAGAGAAUCUAUAGUUUACCAUGACGGAAGUACAUAUGUUGCUGUUGCUCCGUCAAUUUUCAAGCAAAGUACAAUCAAUUGUUAUGCAAGGGUGGACGUCAAAGGCUUAAGAUAUUUGUUAGGAAAUAUGAGUGGGCAGUUAUUUAUGUUGUUUUUAGAAACAGAAGAUAAUCCAAAAGGAAACCCUUUUGUUAAAGAUUUAAAAGUCGAGCUUUUAGGGGAGAUUUCAAUUCCUGAGUGCAUUACUUACCUUGAUAAUGGGGUUCUUUUCAUUGGAUCAAGACAUGGAGACUCUCAAUUAGUUAAAUUAAGUGUAUCUGUUAAUGAAAGUGGAUCUUACGUGGUUCCAAUGGAAACUUUUACAAACUUAGGUCCAAUACUCGAUUUAUGUGUAGUGGAUUUGGACAGACAAGGACAAGGGCAAAUUAUUACUUGCUCCGGAAGCUUUAAAGAGGGAUCCCUAAGGAUAAUUAGAAUUGGUAUUGGAAUACAAGAACAUGCAUGCAUAGAUUUGCCCGGUAUCAAGGGAAUGUGGUCAUUGAAAGUUGGAAAUGAAAACACAAAUUAUGAAAACACACUUGUACUUGCUUUUGUGGGACAUACGAGAGUUUUGACAUUAACGGGAGAAGAAGUAGAAGAAACUGAUAUUCCCGGCUUUUUAUGUGAUCAACAAACAUUUUAUUGUGGAAAUGUUGAAUUUGACCAAAUAAUACAAGUAACUCCUUUAUCAGCGAGAUUAGUCAAAAUUGGAAGUAAAAACAUGGUAGAUGAGUGGAAACCCCCUGGCGACAAAAGAAUUGGAGUAGUAGCUUGUAAUAAUAACCAAUUGGUGUGUGCUUCAGCUAAUGAGGUGUAUUAUAUUCACAUUGAGAAUAGCAAAUUAGAUGAAAAAUCAAGAAGAACCUUAGAAUAUGAAGUUGCUUGUUUGGACGUUACUCCUAUAGGAAACGAUACGAAAUCCGCUUUUGUUGCAGUGGGUCUCUGGACUAAUAUAUCAGCUGUUGUUUUAAACCUCCCAGAACUUGAUGUUUUGUAUACCCAAAAACUUGGAGGCGAAAUCAUACCGCGUUCGAUUUUAAUGACAACAUUUGAAGGUUGUCACUACUUGCUCUGUGCGCUUGGAGAUGGAUCUAUGUUCUAUUUUGUGCUGAACGAACAGGAUGGAUCUCUUUCAGACAGGAAAAAAGUUACCCUUGGGACUCAACCGACUAUUUUGAAAACCUUUAAAUCUUUUUCAACUUCAAAUGUGUUUGCUUGCUCCGACAGACCAACGGUUAUUUAUUCAUCGAAUCAUAAAUUAGUAUUUUCAAAUGUCAAUUUAAAAGAAGUAAACCACAUGUGCUCAUUAAAUGCAGAGGCGUAUCCAGAUAGUUUAGCAUUAGCGACAAAAAAUUCUGUUAUUUUAGGGACAAUUGAUGAAAUACAAAAGCUACAUAUUAGAACAGUACCUUUAGGAGAGGGGCCAAGGCGAAUUGCAUACCAGGAAAGCUCUCAAACAUUUGCAGUUUCAACUAUACGUACCGAUGUUCAAGAAACAUCUGGGCUGGUCCCAUCAAGACCCAGUGCCUCAACACAGGCUCAAAAUAUUACUUCAUCAAGCAACACUUUACCAAAAUCUGGUACAUCGGGAACCUCAGCGACAAAUAUUGAAAUUGGUCAAGAAAUCGAAACGAACAAUUUGUUGAUUAUUGAUCAAAACACUUUUGAAGUUCUUCAUGCUCAUCAAUUUAUGCCUUCUGAAUAUAUUGUUUCCUUGAUGUCUGCUAAGUUAGGUGAAGAUCCAAAUACAUAUUAUGUAAUUUCAACGGCUAUUAUACAUUACGAAGAACCUGAGCCUAAGGUCGGAAGAAUAAUUAUAUUUCAUUAUAAUGAUGGAAAAUUAACACAAAUUGCUGAAACGAAAAUUGACGGCUCAUGUCAUGCUUUAGUUGAGUUCAAUGGCAAAGUUCUAGCUGGUAUUAGUAGUUUUGUAAGAUUGUAUGAAUGGACAAAUGAAAAAGAAUUACGAAUGGAAUGUAAUAUUCAAAGUAACAUCACGGCGUUAUACCUAAAAUCUAAAGGAGACUUUAUAUUAGUGGGGGACCUUAUGAGGUCAAUGACACUUUUGCAACAUAAACAAAUGGAAGGAAUUUUUGUAGAAAUCGCAAGAGAUUGUGACCCAAAAUGGAUGAGAGCUAUAGAGAUUCUUGAUGACGACACCUUUUUAGGAUCGGAAACUUUUUCUAAUCUUUUUGUUUGUCAAAAAGACAGUGCGGCAACAACAGAUGAAGAAAGGCAACUGUUACCUGAAGUAGCUAGAUUUCAUUUGGGAGAUGUUGUCAAUGUAUUCCGUCACGGUUCCCUUGUUAUGCAAAAUGUUGGUGAAAGAAGUACACCGAAUCAAGGGUGUGUACUAUAUGGAACAGUUAAUGGCGCUAUUGGAAUUGUUACUCAAAUCCCACAAGAUUUUUAUGAUUUUUUGCACGCUCUCGAAGAACGUUUAGCUCACACAAUUAAAUCUGUUGGCAAAAUAGAACAUUCAUUUUGGAGAAGUUUCUAUACAAAUCAAAAAAUUGAAGUGUGCGAAGGCUUUAUUGAUGGUGAUCUGAUUGAAAGUUUCUUAGAUUUAACCAGAAACAAAAUGUCAGACACCGUAAAAGGGCUCGAGAUGACUGUCAAUGGAACAAAACAGGAAGUUACUGUGGAAGAUGUUAUUAAAGUGGUUGAAGAUUUAACGAGAAUUCAUUAAGAUCUUAUUGUGUCUAAAAAUGUUAUAUUACAAUUAAAUUGAGCAAAUGUAGAUAUAUUUUUUGACUAAUAAAUAUUGGCGCCCGAAUUAAAUUUUUUA